AUGACUGUUAAAAACGUCAACGUUUUCGUCAGCACCUUUGCUGGGCUGGGCCUGCCGUCCACUCUGGUGCUGCCUGUCCCGUCGACAACGUCUCUGUCCGACUUGCGACACCAACUCGAUGAACGUCUGCCAGCGACUGACAACCGGUUGAUCCUGACGACAGUAUCGAACAAGGAGAUUUCUGCAUCAUCCACGAAACCAGUGUCGGAUCUUCUGUCGUCCUUGAACGAUGACUUCGUUUCUUUGCGGCUGUCGGUACCGCUUUGCGGUGGCAAGGGUGGUUUCGGAUCCCAGCUUCGAGCCGCUGGUGGUCGCAUGUCCUCCAAGAAGAAGCGCAACCAGGGAGACGCCAACAAUUCAAGCCGAAACCUCGAUGGCAGGCGUUUGCGCACCGUCACCGAGGCCAAGGCACUCGCAGAGUACCUAGCCAUCAAGCCCGAAAUGGAGAAGAAGGAGAAGGAGAAGAGGCGCGAGCGCUGGGAACAGAUCGUCGAGCUUGCAGAAAAGCGCGAGGACGAGAUUAAGAACGGCGGCAAGGGCCGUCUUGACGGCAAGUGGGUUGAAGAUAAGGAGGAGUCCAACGAGAGAACCCGCGAGGCAGUACUUGCCGCUAUGAAAGCUGGGAAGUACAAGGACAACCUGCUCGGCACUUCUCAUACAUCAACUGGCUCCGAGGAGACAGAUGAGGCAAUGUCGAGCGAGGAUGAGAAUGAGGAGGGAGGCAGUUCUAAGGAGUCUACGCCUCCGUCAGAACCGGCUAAGGCGCCUGCGGACAAACCAAGGACGUUUUUCGGAUUCGACGAGGAUGACGAGUUCAUGAGUUCUGACGAAGAUGACGCCGACGGCAAGAAGAAGUGA